UUUCUCAGCAUCUACACUCAGGCUGACACUGAGAAGAAGAAGAAGAUAAUCCUCCAGCAGGUAAUCAUCAACUUUUAAAUCAGCAUCACCUCCACCAUGAAGACGCUGAUUCUGUCUGCACUUCUUUGUGCCGUGAUCACACUGACCAGAGCUGCUGCUCUUUCAGACACAAAGGAUGAAGGUGGGGAAGUGGCAAUAAUUCAAGAAGGAGAGCAUCAUAUCUUGGAGAGGUCAACAUCUUGUCCCCGUGGUUGGACUAAGAUCAGCGAUCGCUGUUUCCUCUUCGUUCCACGAACCAUGACUUGGGCUGAAGCUGAGAGAAACUGUCUGUCCUUAGGUGCACACCUUGCAUCCGUACGUAGAGCUGAGGAGUAUCAUCAGAUUCAAAGGCUGAUAGCAGAUAAAACUCAUGGGAAUCCACUGACAUGGCUCGGAGCCUCUGACGCUGCCCAGGAGGGUUUUUGGUUCUGGAGUGAUGGUACGCCUUUCACCUUUUCAUACUGGUGCAAAGGAGAGCCAAAUAACCUUAGGGGCCAGCACUGUUUACAAAUAAAUCAUGGAGGGCUGGUGUGUCUCUUCAUCCGUGUUUCCACAUCAGACAGCUGAAGCUACAGACGCAGAGAAGGAAGAAGAGAAGCAAAGGUUAUCAUCAUCUCAUCAUCUCCAUCAUGAAGAUGCUGACUGUGGCUGCACUUGUUUGUGCCAUGAUGGCUCUGACUCGAGCUGCUGCUCUUCCAGAGGCAAACC